CACGUCGCAAUGCGCCGCUUGCAUGACGGCGGCAUAGGCGUCAAGAGGAUCACCGCAGCCUUGAGCCGCUCCACGGACACCGUCUCGAAGCACCUGUUCAAAAAGAACGCGACCAAGAAGUCCAAGGGCCGCUCGAAGCAUUCCAUCCGCACCCCAAAAGGGUUGUUCGCGGCUCAGCGCGCUUGCAAGAAGCUUCUCAAGUCCUCUAGCGGCACAAAGGAAGUGACGGCAGCCAUGCUGAAGUCUGAGAUGAAAUUGAAAUUCUUCCACCCGCUGCGCGAGAAACCUGACCUUUCGGACGGGAACGCGAAGGAGCGCCUGCUGUGCGCCCGCGAGCGCAAGCGCCGGGGUCCCAGCCAGUGGUCGCAGUACAUCCACGCGUGCAUGGGCAUCAAGGUGUUCCAGGUGCUGCCCAUUGCGAAGUGCAGGAAUGUGGCGUCGAAACGCAAGGUUCGCGGGGCUUGCAGGAAGCGUGAGCGGGACUUCUCUGUGGGCCGCGUCAAGCCGAACAACCGUAAGGGUCUGAAGCAGAGUUCGGGCAAGGGCCGCGUGACCAUCGCGCGCGCCAUCGGCGCGGGCAAGGCGUUGAUGGGGCACCAGAUGUUCGGCGGCAGGGCAUGCCCAUCCGUGCGCGGCAAGUUCCGCGUCGUGGAAGUCAACGACCCCGCGGGCAACAAAUCUCGCCUGGGCAUGGCGGCGAAGAAGUCCGCUGGCAUCCAGACGUUGGACUUGCCGAAGCGGCCCCUUGAUUUGAUGCCGCUUGAUUUCGCCGGCGCAUGA